GUCACAAAUUGACCAAUCAGGGUUACCAAUGAGCAUGACAUCAUGCAUCUCAUUAGAACAGGAACGGCACGCCCACUAUUGCACGAGGAGCUUCUGUUAAUCGACACACGUUCAAUAAUUGGGGGGAAAAUAAUCGAAAUUCUUUGAUUUCUGUGGUCUAUCGAGUCGCUGAGAAGAAAAGUUCAACUUGAAGCUGGGUAAUCCAAGUAUGACCCUUACAGAAGGUGAAGACCAUGAUUACGAUACCACAUUCGCCGCAGAGUGCCUUCUAGCGAUGUCCACAGCCCAAACGAAUGUUACAAAUCUGCCAGGAAAAUCCGAGGAUAGCAAAAGUUGUGGUGACCACAGUGUAAGCUUGAGUGACAGUUCAAAUUCCUUGUUCAUGGUGGCCAGAAUAUUGACUGAUUUAAACAAAGUAAAACAGGAACCUGUAUCACCCGAUUACGACAUGUUUGCCAAGAAGAAUUCACCAAAUUCAAAGGCAGCACUGCAAGUGCAAGCCAAAAAACCAACAACUCGACGGAGGAAACCUCGCGAAACUGUUGAAGAUGACGAAGACAAGGGGAUAUUCCCAGCGCAGCAAAAGAAACUUCAUAAGUGCCCCUACAAAGGUUGUGAGAAAGUUUACGGAAAGAGUUCACAUCUGAAAGCUCAUCUGAGGACGCAUACAGGUGAAAGACCAUUCCCCUGCAAGUGGCAGAGCUGUGGGAAAAGAUUUGCCAGAUCAGAUGAAUUGGCAAGACACUUCAGGACACACACAGGUGAGAAGAAAUUCUGCUGUCCUAUAUGUGACAAACGCUUCAUGAGGAGUGAUCACUUGAACAAGCACGCCCGACGCCAUCCUAACUUUGUUCCAACCAUGUUAAGGAAGGGAACAACAGCCAAGGUCGAUACAGCUGCAAGUGAUGGCCAUUCGUAUGACAGUGCUAGUGGGAGCUUUAGUCCAAGUCCUACGGCAUCCCCCUAGAUGAAAUACAACUUGCAUUGACAACGUUUUGGUCUAGGAACUUGCAUGCAUUUUGCAUGGGCAGUUGAUAUUUAGGCGAUGUCGUCAAAAUUAUCAAGCCAAGGAUCUUCAUAUUGAAUGCAGUGCACUGGUUGUACUGGAUCAUGCACAUGUAAUGUGUAUGUUUUGUAUACUCGCAUUGACUUGAGGGCGAGGCUGUUUCUCUGCAGAUAAAUCAUGAUAAAUUGAUGACCUUGACAAGUUUUUGGAUUUGGACGCAGCAGCAAUUUGUGUCUGUAGCUCCAAUUUCUCGUGGAGUUUAUUUUAAGUGCUAAGGACGUGCUUGACUUUGAUGCUGUGGUUUGAAAAUUUCAUAGGACUCUGUCUUAAAAAAUACUGCGAGUGAUUUAGACUGAUCAGUGUAUGGCCACAGACUUUGCCUUAGUGUAAUGAUGACCUCAGGUAUACAUGUAUUAUUGCAGAAACUUCAAUGACUCUAUGCCUGGAUUCAAGCAUUGGAAUAUGAAUUGAUUGUUGGAAAAUAUGCUGUUUCAGAUAGUUUGAAACAACGUGACUUUCUUGGGUUUGGAAACAGUACAAUAUAUGCAAGUGAAUAAUGUACAUGUUUCGACUAAAAAUAUUCAAUGCAGAGAUUGACUCAAUCAGUUUGUUCGAGUUGCAGUUUCGUGACCAGUAAACGCAAAUCAUGUCAGAUAUGAUUAUUUUUAAGGAAUGAUUGAAUUUUAACAUAAUUAUUGCUUGUCGAAUGUAUAAGUCUUUUGUAAAAUUGGUUUUGUUCGGAAAAAAGGGAGGAUAUAUUUCACUAUUUGACAUGUCAUUGAUUGUUUAAAUUGAGAAAAAAUUGGACAAGCAAGGAAAUCAUUUCCUUGCUCAAUUGUUGCUUUAUUAGUGUGCUUGGCAAAUUGGAAGGCCCAGCUGAUUCUCGUCAAGCUGGGGAGUCGAUUCUCCAGGGUCGAAUAUGUACAUUUGUGAAAUUGUUGUAGUUUCUUGCUGCUUCCAUGGCCAAAUAUCAGUCUUUGUGUCAUUGUCUUGUCAUUGAUGUCAUUUAGAUCCACUUCAGCUUUGCUGUCAGAAAUGAUGGUUCGUAAACUUCAGAUAACACCUGGAAUAGUUUAUGUGAGUUUGCGCUCCUCAGUCACACAGGUGGUGCCAGUGGUACUGGUAAUUAAGCUUUUGCACCACACAGGCAGGUGUCGAAGAUGUCGUGAACUAGCUGCGUCCCCCUUUAUUGACAAUAUUCUCUGAAAUUGACAUUAAAAAAACUGUUUUCUCGUAUGAAUUCCCAAUUGAUGUUGCCUCUUGAAAUGGUCAUACAUGUACACUAGCACUUUCUACAGACAACUGUGUGGACAAGUUCUUGAACGCACUGGCCCUUGCAUGUAAAUGAAUGACCUGGUGAUGGAAUAACUUUUUGAGGACUGCACUCAUUGAGAAUUUUUGGAGGGUUUGCACUUUUUCACAGAUCCCUAUGUGAACGUCUUUAGUAGCUUGUCAUUAUAUUACAUAUCUAUUAACAAAUUUGUGACAUUUUUCUAACACUGUAGCAAUAUUUUAUCGAUAUGUGUUCAGUUUAGUCUUAGCGUUGCUUUUAGCUGUUAUUAUGUGUGCUGCUUCUUCAUAACUAUAUUUGUCUGCACAUCUACAUAAGUGUGAAAUAUCAUCAGUGUGUUGUACGAAUUUGGCAUGCUACCACAGAUUCGUCUUGCCUAAGAUUAACUCAGGGCUCUACACUUUAGAAAUUUGAGGGGACAGCAAAAUCUGCACAAGUGGCAAAGUGCCUCAUGAAGUGAGUUGUUAUAACAUGGGUACCAAUAGGAAAUGCUGCCAUCACUCCUUAUAAAAAGGCAGUCUGGACAUUCGAGUGUGACAUACAAUAAAAACAAUGUCUACUGGUGAAUUGGGAGUGAUUUAGACAUGCUAAUUGCUUAGUGGACAAUGUGAUAUAGAGGGCACUACUGCAAACCAGUGCGGCUGGCCUGCCACGUUUGGCUUUUGGCAAGUCUGAAAUUUUGGGGAAGUGAGGCAGAACAUUAGGGCAGUACAGGUAUUGCCUCCGACUCCUCUGCUAGUGUCGAUCCCUGUGAAUAUAGCUAAUAACCUACAUUUUUUGUAUUAAGAAGCACUGGUCCACACGAACAUGUUGUUUGCUCAAAAUGGUGCUUCUGAUUUAAAGUCCCAGGUAGAAAGAAAGAAGUUUAAUUUAAAAGUAUGAUACUGACAUGUGGACUUGUCAUACAAUUAUGAUUUGUAUCAAAAUGCAAAAAAAGUUUAGUGAUCACAGCCAAACUUGAUAGUGCCUGAAUUCAGGCAGUGUAUAUACCUUAUUUCUUCAUUUCGUUGAUAUUUGCAGUUCUCAUGAUGUAUGUGGAUCUUUGUGCACUGUAUGGGACCAAAAUAAUCAAAUGCACUGUAAAGUCGUUUUGUGGGUGUAGGCAACAUCCUAUCUGAGGGUUGCCCACCUCUCCGAGUCAAGGCAGGCAACCUCGCCGAGUAAACCGACCUGCCGAUUGAAGGCUACUCUUAACUGGGCCCUUGUGUGUGGGCUGUUUAUCCAAUUGAAGCCCAAGGACACACUUUAGAGGUAGCCUUUAUUCUACUAGAUUUACUCAGAUGUUGGUAACCUUGACUCACGAGUGGUCGGAAACCCUCGGAAGAGGUUGUCUCCGAUUCUCCGGGCUGAAAAUGUACAGUUUCCAAAACAGAGUGUAUUCUAUGUUAUGGAAUGGUUGUUCUAAUGUAUUCUUUUAAAAGUAAAUGUGUCAAAUAUUUUGAAAUUUUGGCAGAUGAUUUUGAAAGUCAUUGAACUUGAUGAAUUCGCUAUGUCAUUAAAGUCUCCAAGAAGUCUCUUGUAUAAGUGCUAUGGCCGAGGAACUUUUGUAAACGGUCAACUUUUGUAAAUGGGCCAUCAAAUAAUAUCUGGCUGGGAAGUGUCAGAGGGUGGAAUGAUUUGUAAGAAUGCAGUUCACUACGUCGUAGGCUGUUGUUGUGAUUGUUGUAGGAUAUUGUUUGGUAACGGUGGCGUGUGGUAAAUGUAUAGUAGAUGGAUCAAAGAAAGAUAAGAAUGUGUUCUCCACCCUAUUUAGUUUAUCAACUGGAGAUUUUGAAGUGGUAGUUUUGCAAACAAUUUGCUGGUUGAAAUAUCCCAGUGUACGGGAUAAUAAAAACUUGUUGAAGGUUUCAACAGAUGAAUGGGGAUCAGCUGUAGAGAUAAAGGGGGAUUAGAGGCAGGAGCUUGGGGGUUAUGUUUGAUUCAGCGGUAAUCAUACUCGUGCUCCCCAAGAAAACGUGUUAGACAGUGACUAGUGUGAGAGACCACUCUUCUGGAAUGUGGACUUACUAGGACCUACCUGACUCCUUCCUAUAGUCUCCCUUUAAGGUGGCAUGCUAUUUAUUGGAUCAUAGCUGAUCCUUGGAAUAGAUAAUUGUUGAAGUGGUUAUGUGGGCUGAUAAACUAAAUUGGGUUCAGGGUAGAGACGAAUGCUGUGAUAGAGGAGAUUUCAGGAAGUAUGAUUUUAAAAGAUAGAAGAUUUAAGAUGCAAAUUUUGAUAGAUAAUUUAAUUUUCGUCACAUAGAUUUUUGUGAUUCCUGCGAUUAUGCUACAAAUUUAAAAUUGUGUGUUUACAAUUGGACUCUUUGAGGCAAGGGAUGAGGAUUGUGCUACUUGGUGAUGAAAUCAAAAAGUGGAAUUAGCUGGUGGUGUGUUACUUGUUUUCAUAGUCACUCAUGAUUACAUGAAAGUUCAUGUAUAUUGACUUGUGUAAGAAUAUUAGCGAAGGGUCAGAUGGUGUUUGAAGUACCAGAAACCAGUUGUCCUCUCAAAAAGUAUCAGAAUUGAGUAUAUAAAUGCACCACAAGCCUUUGAAAAAGACAAACGGCUAUUUAGUGUAAAUCAAAUUCAAGGACUGCGGCUGAAUUGCCGGAACCAAGAAAGCCUCCCGAAUGUAUGGCGCCAUCAGUGUAUUCUGCACUUGUGACUGGUAGUAAAUGACUCUGUUCUGUAGCCAAAGUAUGAUUAUAACAUUUUGAGAGAUUUUGUGCAAAAAUUCAAAAUUAGCGUCUGUGAUGUUGGGUGAAGUUUGUAAAUAUUUUGUAAGUUUUUGAUACGAAAAAAUAUCACAGAAUGGGGUAUAUCAGUGAAAUUUGACAGCUCUGUGGUUGAACUAGCAGCAACUCUUGAUGCUACACCAUGCUUUAAAACUGUCAAGUUGAAGUUGUAUCCAUGGAAUCGGAUAAUGUUGCAUCAACAUUAGCUGUUGGUUUCUUCUGCUUUUCUGUCCUUUAAAAAAUGCGAGAGAUUUUCUCGAAAGAUAAAUUUGUUUUGUACAUUUGUACUUGUGUACUUUGAUCAAAGGCACACAGACUUGUAAUUGGUGAGUUUGCCAGACAGAAUUACUUUGUCAACUUGAAUUAAUUUUGGACGUUUUUGUGUGGAAAUGUCGUUUGGCAUUCACUAUUAACGGUUAGGCCUUCUGUCAUUUUUGGAUUUGAUGCCUAAAUGUUGAUGAUGACUAUCAAUGGAAUUUCAGAGAUCUGUGACAUUGAUAUUCCUUGGUAAAAAGUUUCUUUGUAUCAAUAGGCAGCCGUAAUGUGCAUACUCAGUUUGUGAACUUGGUAUCUGGACUGCUCUUGAGGCCUUUAAAGUAGGCCUUCUCAAGAAUAAACAAAGACUUGUUUAGAUUCA